UACGCUUGUAUACUUGUUGUGCGUGAGUGUGCGUGUGUGUGUGUGUGUGUGUAUUUGUGUGUGACUUAGAGAAACCGUUUAACGUUAUGGAUAUUAAAACCACAGCAGUGACGCCUCCCAUGCCAGCAGCUGUGGAUGCUGCCGGCGCACCAACAUCGCCCACAACAGGCAGCCUGACGGUGUCCAGCAACUUGGAGCAACUGCAGCAUAAGCAAACAUUCCAGCAUAUCUUUGAGCAGCUGGUGCAGCAGAGCGGCGGCAAUCACAAGCUGGCACCCAAGCAGCUCGAGCAUCUGCGACAUUUGCUGGGCAAUGUGCGCGAUGCGAAGAAUCUACAGCUGAUUGUGGAGAAGUUCAAAAAUCUGGAGCAAUUUCAGGAGCACUAUGCACAUCUGGGCAACAACAACACUGUGAUCACUGAGGACAGCGAAAUGUCGCUCAAGGACAACGCACGCAAAUUUGGCGCUGGCGGUCAGACGCUGACGCCGCGUCACACAAUCGACGCCAUACUGGGACUCAAGAAUCGCAACGGCCAGGCCCAUAGCCAGCUGCAGGCCGAGGGCAGUGAUGGUGAUGGUGAUGCCUCCAUGGCCGAAGAUGAUGCCACCGAUCUGCGCUGCGGCAUGUCGUUAACUCAGAUGCGCAACAUGGAUAGUCAUAUGGCUAGCAUGCUGCAACAGCAUGCCAAGAAUGGCCUGAACUAUGGUCCCCCAACACCACCAGCACCGCCGCCAACUGCGCAGCAACAGCAGCAACAUCAGACGCAGACGCACCAUCAUGGUGCCAUGGCUGGCCCCCCACACGCCCCAUUUGGCUACCACAAUGCCUUCGGCUUUGGCCAGAGUCACAGCCAUAGCCACAGCCAUGGUCACAGUCACAGCCACGGUCACGGACAUGGUCACGGCUAUGGGCAUCAGGAGGACGCGGCGGGCAAUUACCUCAGCUCGAUGCACCAAAUGGUGGAGGCCAAUCAAUUGCAGCCACCGCCGGUGUCUGGUGCCCCACCACCGCCCCCGCCAGCUGGCGCCUAUGGCAGCCAUCAGCAGCACUUGGCGGCGCUGGCCGCGCAUGCGCAGGAGCAGCACAACAAAUAUGCCAAGUCAUCGCCGCCAACAGCAGCAGCAGCCGCCGCCGCCGCUACGACUGGCAGCAGCUACUUUGUGCCGGAUGCGUCAGCAUCAACGGCAACAGUUGUCCAGACACAGGCAACAACACGGGAGUACGACGAGCGUUCAAUGUCCUCAGCGAGCGAACUGGAGGAGGAUGAGGAUGAUGCGGCAAAGCUGCAGCAGCAGCAGCAGCAGCAACAACAGCAACUGCACGAUGGCAACAUCAACAUUGAUGUAACCACACCGCCCACGCCCCGACCCAUCAGCAGCAACAGCACGAGCAACAAACGCAAAUCCGUCUCCGCCUAUUGUGAUGAUAAUGAGCCAAAAUUAGCCAAUGGUCAGCAGCUAAGCAAUUAUGGCAUUAGGGCGCGGAGUCUAGACGAGGUGCAGCAGCAACAUCAGCAGCAGCAGCAGCAACAGCAACACUUUCAACACGACUAUCGCAGCAAUAAUAACAAUAGCAACAACAACACAUCGGAGCAUGUGGAACGUUUAAAUGGGGACACCGAUAGUCUGGUGAAUGGAAGCUGCGCCUCCAGCGAGGAUCUCAAUCAGACCAACAACAGCGAACAGGGCGAGAAAAUCACAUCCGGCAGCGAUGAUGAGGGCCAGGACGAAAACUGUGCUAAGAAGAAGCAUCGACGGAAUCGCACCACCUUCACCACCUACCAGCUGCAUGAGCUGGAGCGGGCAUUUGAGAAAUCGCACUAUCCCGACGUCUAUUCGCGCGAGGAGCUCGCAAUGAAGGUGAAUCUGCCCGAAGUGCGUGUCCAGGUCUGGUUCCAGAAUCGACGCGCCAAGUGGCGCCGCCAGGAGAAAUCGGAAAGCUUGCGUCUGGGCCUGACGCAUUUUACGCAGCUGCCGCAUCGUUUGGGCUGCGGUGCAUCUGGCUUGCCAGUGGAUCCUUGGCUCUCACCGCCGCUGCUUAGCGCGCUGCCAGGCUUUCUGUCGCAUCCGCAAACCGUUUAUCCCAGCUAUCUGACGCCGCCACUGAGCCUCGCACCCGGCAGUCUGACAAUGAGCAGCCUGGCAGCAAUGGGUCACCAUCAUGGUCCACCACCGCCGCCACCACCGAUGCCACACGGACCACACACCGGACAACUGGCGCCGCCACCACCCGGUGGGCCACCGCCACCGCAUCCACAUCAUCAUGGUGCGGUCGUGCCGUUGUCUCAUCUCUCACCGCACCUGUCGCGCAUGUCGCCGCAUGCAACAUCACUCUCGCCGCAUCACGCCCAAUCAGCCGCCUUUGCCCAUCGCUGCGACGACAACGAUGACGAUGACGACACAGCAUGCUCGACGCUCGUCCUCGUCUCGUCGCUGGAGUGCAGCGGGCCGGAUGUGUGCAUGUCACCGCAAAACCUCAGCAUUUCCAAUGCCGACUCCAAUGGGGAUCCACGCGAUUGCAGCGACCUCGACGGGGGCAGUAGCAACGGCACAGGCAGCCUGGAGAAAUGCACCAACGAGCUGCUGCUCGAUGUGGGCAGAGAGAGUCCCCCGCCGCAAUCGUCGCUGCCCCUCAAGCAGUCGACGUCGCCAUCGCCGUCGCCAUCUGUGGAUAUGCGCAGCAAUUCAAUUGCCACGCUGCGCAUCAAGGCCAAGGAGCAUCUGGAUAAUCUGAACAAAGGCCUUGUAUCCAUGGUCUAGUUUUGGCACACACUGCAAUUCACAUACUACAUAAGUUUAACUCAAAUGUUAGCCUUAGUUCCACUCACAGCCCAAUCAAAAUCCACAGAGAUUCACACAUAUAUAUAUACAUACAUAUAUAUAUAUAU